AUGGCUAGAUCAAGGUCACGAGAUACUGGCUGGCUAGAUGUCAUGCAACUUGGCAAUGAUAGUCACCUCCUUGGUGAUAGAGGCCGUCUUUCAAGCAUAAUCAAGGAGCUUAAAGACCCGGCACUGCAGAUGCCGGCUAUUCUUCUCUUUCUCGGAUCAAAAACAAAGGACAAGGCGUUAAAAAUUUUAUUUCCAGCUAACAAUAUCAGACGGACUAGAUCUGAUGCCCUCAUCAGUUUGCGGAUUGCAGUCGGGACGGAAGACUCUCCUAAACCUGUGCUGUUUGCUGAUGGCGACCCAUUCAAGGAGCUCAGCCACCUCCGCCACAGGGAUGACUUUGAAGUUUCGCAUAGAUUCGCCUGGUCUGUGCCGCAAGGCGAAACCUAUUUAUCAUUUCUUUACUCUCGACUGCUUUUGCCGUUCUGCGAUGUGAUCUGUGUGUUUGGUGAUGAUUUCAGUAGCUCCCUCCACAUUUCAAACUAUCUGGCCUUCAUCAGCCAGACCGCACGAAUUGCUUCCACUUUCCCUGACGAUGUCAAGCCAACAGUCCUGGUGAUUUUCGCCUCUGGUUGCUAUCAACAGAGCGAAUUAGAGAAGCAUAUUUUCGUGCAGUAUGAAGCUUUUACAGAUGUGUUUUCUGAGGUAAAAAUAAUUGUUUUGCAAAACCCUACAAGCAGUCAGACUUUGUCGGCAACUCUAUUCAGGCCACUGCAGUCACUGCUUCAACACCAUAUAGAGAAUUCGCAUAAGCUUCGGCUCUCCUGCCGUGCUUGUUUCUCGGCAUUACAGUUCGAGGCUCUGUUUGCGGCGGCACGUGAACACGUGGCAUCCACCGUUGAAGCUCCUUUCAACCAUAUCAUAGCUAUGAGAAACAGCCAUACAGUUUGCGCUGGACUGCGUGAUAACUGGUUCGAGUACUUUCGGCUCGGUGUUGGAAUUGGUAUCCAGGUUGAGGACAUGCUUCCUUCCCUUGCAUCAGCAAUGAUUGCGGACCACUACACGCCAAGAAUGCACUUGUCAGACCCAGAAUCUGUUUUUGGAAAUUUGUACUACACCCCACUUUUAUUGGCACUUGAACAAAUCCGGAACGAAGGCUUGGUAUCAGACUUGGCACCAGAAACCUUGUGCGAAUUUACAAAAUCUAAAGCAACUGCCUUCUUUCUAACUCUGGAGAGUGGUGAGGCUUCCUCGCUGGAGCUUCAUCGACAACAAAUCGCAACUCAGACCAAUAUAUUUAGCACGCUAAAAUCCAACAGAAUCUGUCUUUUGUGCCUUGCAGGUCGGCGACCUCAGCAUCGGUUAAGUUGUGGGCACAGCUGGUGCGAUAUUUGCGUGCGAAGGUAUGGCGAGGCCGCCUCCAACAUCGAGUAUCAAUUUACAGUGCUUCAAUGCUAUCAUUGUUUGUCUCGAGUGCCUCUUGUUGUCAAUCUUGUCCCACCGACGAAGAAUAUAAACAUUUUAGCCAUUGAUGGUGGCGGUGUUCGGGGAGUUGUCUCGGUUGAGAUUCUGCUUUGUCUCCAGGAGAAGCUGGGAAUAUGUCCGAUUCAAGAACUCGUUCAUCUUAUUAUUGGAACUAGUUCAGGAGGAUUGAUUGCUGAAUGCUUAAAAACUCGUCGAUGGGACCUUGCUACAUGCUCCCAGUUGUUUAGGCGCUUUGCGCGACGGGCCUUUAAACAAAGACGGGGGUUCCCUUGGCUUGUGCCCUUCCGCUGGGUUACUUGGUGGUUAAAUGAUGGAUGCUACGAUCCCGCUGCAGCCGAAGCAUGUUUGAAGGAAACAUAUAGCCAGUCGGAUCGAACAUUUGACGCGGUUGCUCUUGCCCACGGCUUAGUAUCAAAAUGCAAGGUUGGGGUCAUUGCAACAGACAUCUCAAAAAAAGCGUCAACAUAUGUUUUUGGCAACUUCAAUUCGUACUGCCAUGAAGACGGCCCACACGGUUUUGAGAUUGUUCGGCCCGAUCUUGAUAAAGAUGAACCUUUUCUAUGGGAAGCAGCCCGUGCGACAGCAGCACCGCCAUUUAUAUUCCCUGUGGCAUACAUUCUCAAUAUAGGCUCGUUCCAAGAUGGAGGUUUGAAACAUAACAAUCCCAGUGGGAUAGCUCGAGAGAUCAGCCGUUGCAUGUGGCCAUCACGCGGCGCGCCUGCGUUGUUGCUCUCAGUUGGGUCCGGGACCGAAGCCGAUCUGCCACAGCAAGAAAGCAAAGCACUAUCGAGUAGCGCACAGAUUCUUGCGGCGCCCCAUUUUCGGAAUAUAUUCAAGGAUGGCAUGGGCCGUCGAGCCCGAGAUGCGUGGCUUUCGUCCAUGGAUGGCGAUGAACAAUGGAGCACAUUGACAAAUCAGUUGAGCGAGGAGGAAAAGACUCAUUAUCUUCGGCUCAAUGUCGUACUAGAAGGUGUACUUGGAGGUAUUGAUGAUGUUGAAAAAAUGGAUAGCUGCCAAGCUCACGUAAUUCUUGAUACCCGGCUGCCUAGGCUGAUCAAUGAUGCCUUUUCAAGGCUAAUGGCGGCAGCUUUUUAUUUUGAGCUUACAAGCCUUCCAAAGAAGGAAGCAGGAAAGUAUCUAUGCCUGGGCACCAUCCGAUGCGAGCCAUCCAUCCAACUGGUUCUCCCACCGCUUCAACAACUUCAAGGUAUAGAACCAAUGGCUUUUGCCACAGACGACAUGACGCUUGGGCAGUUUCAUGGUAACAGCGAUAUUUGCAAUAUUUGCGGCCGCUUUUCCAAGACAGUUUCCUUCACAGUGAACCGCUUGGAUGAACCAAUUGCAAUAUACCUCAAGUUCAAACGAUAUAAUCGUGUGAAAAUAAGCGGUUUUAGAAACCCCAUAAGUUUCUUUAUCAGUUGCCAGCACCUUGAUGCCGUGUUUGGCACAGCAUACCACGAUCGACCAGGUACCCGCCCCUGUGGGUCGUGCGACUUUCGAGAAGCGCAACUCAAGAGGCAAUUUGUUUACCCAAAAGGUAAAGAUGAAAGAAAGCGGAAAGCUGAGGAAGAGCUUAGAGGAGAGAUUAAAAGAGCCAGACGCUAG